AUGUAAUUCUGUAAACCUGACGUCAUUGGGGUGGUGGGGUUGACACCAAGACCUCUUCUACAACGGGUACCUACUCAUAAACUCAUAGUCGGUUCAUUCUUCAGAGAGUGUGUUUCAAGCCAGACCUUUAACUAAGAUAGGGGUAGGUGUCUUACGGGUGGUCAAGUCUGGGGACAAUUAUUAGAGACACGCAAUUGGAUUGGUCGUCUGUACGCAUAGAUAUGCGUUUAUCGAUCUGGUAAACUGCGCCCCGACUAUCCCGUGCUCGAAGUUGAGUUCAGUCAGAGCGGGAAGCGCACGGUGGCGAUACGACGAUCUGAAGACGGCCGUUUAAACGCGUUAUUGAAAAGGGCGGCGUCCCAAACCCCAUGCCGUAUAGUUGGUCCAUCCACUUAGUUGUAGUGUUCUUAGAGUGUAUUUUCAUUUAGCUAGAUCGAAAAAAAAUGGGAGGUUGCGCAUCUAAGGAAAAUUCUAAAAAAACGAAAGAGGAUGAAUCGGGAAAAUCUACCAUGGUUGACGCCGCCGUUUUGGAAAAACUGGAAGCCGGUUUCCAGAAAUUGGAAGCCUCUGACUCCAAAUCCCUCUUGAAAAAAUACCUCACCCGUGAACUCUUUGACAGCCUGAAGACCAAGAAGACCUCCUUCGGCUCCACCCUUCUCGACGUAAUCCAGUCUGGUUUGGAAAAUCACGACUCCGGCAUCGGCAUCUACGCCCCCGACGCCGAUUCUUACGCCGUCUUCUCCGACUUGUUCGACCCCAUCAUCGAAGACUACCAUGGUGGAUUCAAGAAGACUGAUAAACACCCGCCCAAGAACUGGGGCGACACCAGCAUUUUCGGCAACUUGGACGCCGCCGGCGAGUACAUCGUUUCCACCCGCGUGCGUUGCGGCCGCUCUUUGGACGGCUACCCCUUCAACCCCUGCUUGACCGAGGAGCAGUACAAGGAGAUGGAGCAGAAGGUGUCCUCUACCUUGUCUGGUCUCGAGGGCGAGCUGAAGGGCACUUUCUAUCCCUUGACCGGGAUGAGCAAGGAGGUGCAGCAGAAGCUGAUCGACGACCACUUCUUGUUCAAGGAGGGCGACAGGUUCUUGCAGGCUGCUAACGCUUGCCGCUUCUGGCCCAGCGGCCGUGGUAUUUUCCACAACGACGCCAAGACCUUCUUGGUUUGGUGCAACGAAGAGGACCACCUCCGCAUCAUUUCCAUGCAGAUGGGAGGCGACCUGGGACAGGUCUACCGCAGACUGGUUACGGCCGUUAACGACAUCGAGAAGCGCUUGCCCUUCUCGCACAGCGACAGGUUCGGCUUUUUGACCUUCUGCCCUACCAACUUGGGCACAACUGUCCGUGCCUCUGUCCACAUCAAGGUUCCCAAGCUGGCCGCCAACAAAGCCAAGCUGGAGGAAGUCGCCGCCAAGUACAACUUGCAGGUGCGCGGCACGCGUGGCGAGCACACCGAAGCCGAGGGUGGAGUCUACGACAUUUCCAAUAAGAGACGUAUGGGUCUCACCGAGUUCGACGCCGUUAAAGAAAUGUACGAUGGCAUUGCUGAAAUCAUCAAGAUCGAAAAGGAGUUGUAAACCCCGUACAUUCUAAUUAUACGUGAUUCAUUACUUAUAAGCAAUGAUACAUUAUUUCAGUAAGUAUAUCUUAUUUGCCAAAGUACCAGUGAAUGCUUAUAUCAUUAUUUAUAAGGUGUCAGGACUUGAGUUAGUGUAUUCAAUUUCUAGUCGACAUUGUUUCAAAUGUGAAAAAUUCAUACAAACUAAAAAACAUUGGAUCUUUCUUUUCUUUAUUUAUUUAUUUUUAAUGUAUGUAAAAACGAAGUAUUAUUUUAAAAAGCAACUGCAAAUUUAUUACAUUUAAUAAAAGACCUCCAAUGUUUA